CCACCGACGAACCGCCCUCUCUCAGCGGAGCGCUUGGCCCACCCCGGUGCCUGUAGGCGGAAGAGGGGGGGCUCGGUCAGCGGCGUCGUCUGAGGCUUCUUGAGCUGGGGAAGUUCGCCAUGUCGGCCGUCUCGAGGAGCUACAACCCCUUCGACGAGGACGAAGAGGAGACGCGGGGCGGUGGAGAAGUAUGCGGUGCGGAGCGGCAGCGCUACCUGCAGCAGGAGGCGCUGCGCCUCUCCACCGCUACCGCCGACAGCACCGCGCGCUCCCUCUCGCUUCUCUACGAGUCCGAGCGCAUUGGUGUGGCCGCCUCCGAGGAGCUCAUACGUCAAGGAGAGGCACUGAAGCGUACAGAACAAAUGGUUGAUAAAAUGGACCAGGACCUGAAGACUAGUCAAAGGCACAUAAAUAGCAUUAAGAGUGUUUUUGGAGGCCUGGUUAACUACUUCAAAGCCAAACCACCUGAGAGCAAACCAGAACAAAAUGGAAUACCUGAAUAUUAUGGCAACAAUAGAUUAAAAGAAGCAAUGAUGUCUAGCAAAGAUCAAGACCCAAAAUAUCAGGAAAGUCAUCCGAAUUUAAGGCGCCUAGAUAAUUCAGAUAGUGAUUUCAGCAGCAUAGAUUCGAUUUCUUCAGUGCAACGGGAUGCCUAUCCAAAGAAUCAACGUCUGCAAGCCUACCACAAAAAAAUUGAUAACAACUUAGAUGAGAUGUCUUCUGGAUUGAGUCGUCUGAAAAACCUAGCUCUUGGUCUGCAGACAGAAAUAGAGGAGCAAGAUGAUAUGCUGGAUCGGCUAACCAAAAAAGUAGAGAUUCUGGACGUCGGUAUUAAAAGCACUGAUAAAAAAAUUCGACAACUUUAAAGAUCUAACAAAUUUUGUCCAGCAUUAGUUCUUCUCAGUUGUCUUUUCUCAGCAGAUCUCUUUAAAAAGAAAAACAACCUUGGAUGAUAUAUAUUUCUUUUUUUUUUUUUUUUUUUCCUCCGUUAGGCUACUAUUUUGUUGACAUUAGAAGUGUGGCAUAAUACCUUGAAUUUCUUUCCAGUGUACAUGGGAAAAGUGCAUUUUGAGUAAAAUCUCUCAGUACUCCGUUAAUUUGUGUAUUACUGUGCAUUGUGUGCAUGGAGGAGUCCAGAGUCUACAAAGCUUCAGUAUCCCUGGCCUGGAAGCUGUGAUGAGAAAAUCAGCUACCUUUUGCCUUUUUAGUUCCAGGAGGGGCAGGGAGAACAGAAUGUAUUCCUUUGUUCAGAUCAAGCACUGCAAAUUCUGUUUACCUACAGCUAUCUUAUAUGUUGAAAAAUAUGCCAAUUUUCAGCUGUACAAAUAAUUCUAAGUGAUUGCCUUCUGGCAUUCUUGGGGCUUAAGGAGCUAACUGUUCAAUGGAAGGUGUAAAAGGUAAACUGUCAAAAGUGUAAUGCAAGAAUGAUAAAAUUCUGUAGGUGUUCUUGUUCCUAAGAUUACUUUUUCCAAUGAGCAGUGGUAUUUAUGAGUGGAUCACUGGGUACUAUCAGCUUUAUGCUACUUUCAGGAAAAAUCAGUAAGGGUAUGUUAUGGUUUGCAAGAAAUGUUGAUUGGUAAGUACCCAACAAGUUUGGGUAACAGAGUCACAAUUAAUGCAUGUGUACUUCCUAAGAUUCCUAUGUAGCAGUUGUCACUAUCUGCUCUCAUUUUCUGCCCUUUCUCAACUUAGUUACCUAGGUGGUUAGUUUCUAUUUUAGAAAUGGAGAGUUGGUCUGCUACUGUGCAAACAGAUGUUAGGAAGUAGGAAGUAAUUCCUUAAUUUAAUAUUUAUUUCAAAUAGAGGUGAUUCAGGAGUGAGCAGAUGCUGUGUUUUCUUGAACACACUUUGACUGUUCUUAAGAAGCUCAACUGUGAUGCACAUACUUCUGCAUUAGCUUUAGCAGAUACAAAAAGUUCCCAUAGAUGAAGAAAAGCUCAAAAAGUUUUGAGUCUUCCAGAUACAAGUUGGGUCUUCUAUUUCAUUUUAUUCAUUUGUAAAUACAACUGUAGAAUAACUACACUUCUGCUCCAAGCUGAAGACAUGACAAUGAGAACUAGAUGUCUCUUUUGAAAACAAGUAAUUUCAGUUUGGAGAAAACCUGUGUCAGUAUUGCAAUACUCUCUAUCAAAACUGACAGUGAAAGGCCAAGAAGAGAGCCACUUUGUGCUGGUGCAAUAUUCUCUUCCAAGUUAAUACAACUGAGGCGUUUAGAACUAUCAGGCUUGUAUCUUUCAUGAGUAUUACAUUCAUACUCUUUUUUUUUUUUUUUUUUUUUUUUUUUUUUUUUUUUUUUUUUAAAGGGAAUUUGUUACAUUGACUUGCUAUAAAGUUCACCCAAUAGGAUAAAGAGACCUGAGAAAACUUGACCAUUUCUUGACUUACUGUGUCUCUGGGGAAUUCAACUGUAAAGACAAAUGAAUCACAAAAAAAAACCAAAACCACACACUUCUAAGGCAUAGUGUUAUGAAAAGCACAUGAGAGUUGUGAAUUAGAUGGAAGGUGUGCUUCUGUUUCUCCUAACCUUGCUACUAUCAUUAAUUUAGUCCCUAAAAAAGAUAGCACUUGUAGAGACUUAAAACUGCAUGAGCUUUUGAGCAUGAAAAGCCUUAUUCGCUUUCUCUCUAAUUCAUACUAAUAUGAAGUCUUGAAAAAACUUAAUGUCAAUGUUAUGAUCUCCCUUCUUGGUCGGUAUCAUAAUUCUCUUUAACUGUUAGAAUAGUCAUGAAUUAUAUGAUCUGAUGCCUUGAGAAGGUUUAGAGAUCUGUUAUACUAGUCAUUAGUUAUCAAAAUCUAUUAAGCAUCUGUUAAGUCAGUGAAGGAAUAUUGCAAUUAUGAUUGUAUUUGUUGUACUGAUUAUAAAUUUUACUCACUCCUCGUUUUAUUAAUAGGGUAUAAAGAAUGGUGUUUUUGCUUACCCAGUGCUGAUUAAUGGAAACAUUUGCAUCUUAAAAAGGAUUUGUAAUAUCUGUCAAGAACAUAGGAUACUCAACAACAACAAAAACCACCACAGUAAAUAACUCAGUGUAGGUUGAAAUCGGUCCUCAUUUAUAUGCAGAUAUUUCAAAAUUAAUUUUUUUCCAAAGUCAGACUUCACUAACUUGCAUUGUAGAUUGAUGUUUUUUUUCCCCACAAAGUUUGGGUUAGUGGAGGAAGAGUGUAGCUAGAUGAUCUUGUUGUGUUACAUGAAAUAAAUGCAGAGCUUGAUUCCCAGCUAAAAUUUUAGUUUACUUAAUUGAGUGUUGCCUUAACAAUAUGUUGUCUUUCUAAAGCCAGCUCUUCAUGUUUUUAGUUUAAGUUAAUUUACAGAAUGAACUCAAUUGUUUUGGUCAACAGCUUAGCUGUAUCAGCAUUACUAAACGUUUUGCACAUCCUGAAUGUCUUUGGCCUUGAAAACACAGGCAAAGAAGGGGAAUAAAAAGAAAUUUUUAAAAUCCGUAUUUCUGCUUUGAGAGCCUUUUAAUCCAAGCAGACUAAAAUCUCCAACAUACAGAGGUUAUACAGAAGUCUGACUUCUCACGUCUUUAACAGUUUAAUUCAUUGUCUCACUAACUUGUUGUAAUGCUAUAAGAUGAUGGGGAAAGCACAGCAACAAUAGCAGGGUGACAAAAUCUUUAGACAAAGGAGGAGGAAAAAAACAAAAACAACAACAAAAAAAAAUCCAGCUGCUUACUUUUUGAAGGCUCAGGGAGGAAAAAAACCUCCAGCAAAACAUCCUUGCUUCCACUGCCGACCCUUAAAUGAGGCCUGGGAGUAGGUGGAUCCUGGUUCCAACUCUUCAGGUCACUCAGGUACAUUGUAUGCACCUGAACUCCUCUGGGCUGGCUCUGCUUUCCCACCAGGUGUUCUGUCACUGCUUCAACCUGUGACUUAUCAUGUGCACUGUGUGUCAUUAUUUUUUUGCUACUUAGGCUUUUCUGUUCCGUUUAUUAUUUUUGGUGGUUUUUUAAUAGCCUUUUUUAAAUGAUUGCUUCAGAUGUGAGUUUUCUUUCUUAGGAAAAGAAAAAUGUUGAUGGGAGUUAUUAAUAUUUGCUACUGACUGAAUUACCUUUCUCAACUUUCAUGUUUUAUGUUUUCUGCUAAUUUACAUGAAGAAACAACAGUAUUUUGUACGUGAUAUUUUUUUCUCAUUAGAGUAACUUCUUCUCCUGCGGGAAGGUGGAAAUUCCAAGGUAGGAAAAAAAAAUGCCAUGAGCAUUGCUUUUCCAAGAAUGCCACUUUAUAUAUGUAAUGAUAGACUUUCUGUAACUUUUUGUACUCUUUUCUGUGAAGAAGUACGAUUUUAUUUCUUUUUGCUGAUAUUGUUGAAAAACUUACUUUGUAUAAAGUAUAGGACUUUCAGAAGACUCAAGUGUAACUUGAUAAUUUAAAUUGUUUUGUCUAGGUUUGUGUUGGCAUAAGAUGUUCUUGCAGCAAAAUAGCUCUAAUUAGUAUUAUUCUUAUUGGCUUGAGUAGAAGCCUAAUACUAAGCUCAGAGUAAGAGAGGAAAAUAUUAUUUUCAGUCUACUUUGUAAAAGGAUACAUAUAGUUUCUCAGAAAGUUUGCUAAUGAAUUUUUGAAGAGUUGUUAAACACUGGAAACUAGUAUAUACUUUCUAACGUAUGUGUAAUAAGAGAUAUGCUAAAAACAGGAAGGAGGAAAAAAAAAGUGGGAAUAGUCAGAUAUGUUUACUAGUUUCCUCUAUGUGUAUGAUUUGAAGUUGCUUGAGUGUUGUAUUAAAUACUGUAACAAAUUAUACAUAGUUGAAUUUUAGUCUGUGCUACGAAGAUGUGUUGCUGCACCUGAACUCUCUUCUUACUGAAAUUACUCAGACACUGGUCUGUGCCCUAUUGGGGUGUGCCAUGUGUGCUAUCCAACAUUUCAAAGAGAAACUACUGCCUUUAUUUGGGUUAUAUGUAAAUGCUCUCUAUGUGAAUCUGGUCUUUCCCUGAAGAAGGUUUUACAGUUGUUGGUGGUAUUUUUGUUGUUGCUUUGAUUUCUAAUUUGCGAAAUUUAUCUGAAAGAUUUUGCUGCCUAAUAGCUUUUCUGAAGUAAUGUUGUUUGAUAAAUGGUGAAAUAGAUAAUACGACCUCUGCCUUCUAAACCAAUAGACCUUUAUAGGCAUUUUUAGAAGUAUACUUUUUUUUUUUUUUUUUUUAAACAAGACUUUAUGUCUGUACCAUCCAGGUAUAUCACUUGCUUUUUCUUUUCUUUAAAUGUUAAAAUGAACUGCAAUUUAGAAGAUUGAAUUAAAUGACUACUGAGUGGUAAGCUGAUUAAUAAAGAUGUUUAUUGUUAA